CCCGAAUAGGCCAUGCUCAUUGGCCAUUUCCCACCACUAGGUUAGUACAAACUGACCAACUGUCCCAAUAAAGAAAGACGAAAUUACAAUGUGAGGCAGAUUUUUUGCAUUCUUCUCGAUCAAUCAGAAAGUGACACCUCAUAGAUUACGUCUUUUUAGUUCUUACUAACGAAACACCCAAACAAAAAAAGAUAAAUUACAAAAUAUCAUUUUCCUUAUCUUAUUGACUUGUCAAGAUUCUCUUCUUCUUCUUCUUCUUCCUCCUCCUCCAAACUCAGUUCCCUCCGUCCAUGGCAGCAACCUUACCUCUAUCUCCGAUCAAUCAUCAGUUGUGUCGGUUCGGGAACAACUCUUUGACGACUCACCGGUUCUGUUCUCCUGGCUUCUUGAUUUCUUCUCCUUGUUUCAUUGGUUUGACCGGAAUGGGCUCUGCUACUCAGUUACGUGCUCGUCGUUCUCUGAUCUCUUCAGCAGUUGCGACGAAUUCGCUGUUGCAUGACGUCGGAGCCACCGUGGCAGUGCUUGGUGGAGCAUACGCGCUUGUCUUAAGCUUCGAGAGUCUCACCAAGCGAAACGUCAUUCAACAGAGUUUGAGCAGAAAGCUUGUGCAUAUACUCUCAGGUCUGCUUUUCGUACUUGCGUGGCCAAUCUUCAGCGGAUCGACCGAGGCUCGAUACUUUGCUGCUUUUGUUCCGUUAGUGAAUGGCUUAAGGCUUGUUAUUAACGGACUAUCCAUUUCCCCAAAUUCGAUGCUAAUCAAAUCCGUCACAAGAGAAGGGAGAGCAGAAGAGUUGCUUAAAGGUCCUUUGUUCUACGUUCUAGCUCUUCUUUUCUCUGCGGUUUUCUUCUGGAGAGAGUCUCCUAUCGGUAUGAUCUCGUUAGCAAUGAUGUGUGGUGGCGAUGGAAUAGCUGAUAUAAUGGGACGUAAGUUUGGGUCAACUAAGAUACCUUACAACCCAAGAAAGAGUUGGGCAGGAAGCAUCUCCAUGUUCAUCUUCGGCUUCUUCAUCUCCAUCGCAUUACUUUACUAUUACUCAAGCCUUGGGUACCUUCACAUGAACUGGGAAACGACCUUGCAGAGAGUAGCAAUGGUCUCAAUGGUCGCCACGGUAGUCGAGUCGCUACCCAUCACCGAUCAAUUAGACGACAAUAUUUCGGUUCCUCUGGCUACUAUUUUAGCUGCUUAUUUAAGUUUCGGAUAUUAGAUUAAUCCCUCAUAAACCGAAUGUGUAUAUACGUAUUUUUUUAAUGAAUCCGACCUUACAAAUGUUUCCACGAUUACGGUACUAGUUGCAUAGAUUUUACCUCCGAGUCUCUGACCUCUGCCAUUUACAUAAUGAUUCAAAUAUUCAUAGCUAAUCUUG